ACGAUGGGUAGUAAGCGAAGGUAAGGAACUGAGAGAGCGAUAACAUAACGUGGUACGGUUGACUCUUCCGAUACCUCCUCUUUCUCCUAUCUCGACGGCCGACCCCACGGCCACAGGGAGAGCGAGAGAGAGAGAGAGAGAGAGAGACACCUCCCCUUCUGCGUCUCCCAAUCGACACUCUUCGGUCUCUCCAUCUCAAAGCCUUCUACUUCCUCUUCGAAUAGAGGAUUCUCCUAAGCUUUUCUCCUCUUUCCACUCACUGCUUCCUUUUCACGAUUAGUUUCCUCGAUUAUUCCGUCUCGGCCGGUUGGGUUGUUAUCUGCUUCCUCAGGAGGAAGGGAGGGAAGGGGGAUCUGCUGCGGUGGUGAAGGGUUAGGGUUUCUUGACUUCUUGAUGGCCGUUCCACCUGCUAGAGCACGGGCCGAUCACGAUUACCUCAUCAAGCUUCUUCUGAUCGGCGACAGCGGUGUUGGGAAGAGUUGCCUCCUUUUGCGUUUCUCUGAUGGCUCCUUCACGACAAGUUUCAUUACUACUAUCGGUAUUGAUUUUAAGAUGAGGACUAUUGAGCUGGAUGGCAAACGGAUUAAAUUGCAAAUUUGGGAUACUGCUGGUCAGGAACGAUUUCGAACUAUAACAACUGCUUACUAUCGAGGUGCCAUGGGUAUCUUGCUUGUUUAUGACGUCACUGAUGAGUCAUCUUUUAACAACAUAAGGAAUUGGAUCCGCAACAUUGAACAACAUGCUUCUGACAAUGUCAACAAGAUUCUUGUCGGUAACAAGGCUGACAUGGAUGAGAGCAAACGGACUGUGCCGACUGCAAAGGGACAAGCACUUGCUGAUGAAUAUGGAGUCAAGUUUUUCGAAACGAGUGCAAAGACAAAUCUAAAUGUGGAACAGGUCUUCUUUUCAAUAGCUGGAGAUAUCAAGCAAAGACUUGCGGAAAGCAAUAACAAACCUGAGGAUCGGACAAUCAAGAUUAACAAACCAGACCAAGCAGCCGCUGAAGGUACUGCAGCACCGAGAUCAGCAUGCUGUGGAUCCUGAGACAAUGAUGGGAUCGGAUGUAGGUAACUGACGGCAACUGAUUUGCUUGUCAGAUAUAGGUAACUGACGGGGUGGGUGGGUGCUUGUAAUUUUAAUCCUCAUAAUAUUUGUUCAUUUAUGGACACCAUAUUUGAUCGAAGGUCUUGUGGGUUUAAUCUCGAGCGAUAUUGUUUACUGCUUGUUCAUCUUUUGUUGCACCCUUGCAACAUGGAAAAGCCUGAAGAUGGCGGACAGUAGCAAAAUUUGUCUCAAUUUGGUGC